GGAUGUGGUAGUCUUAUCAUGUGCCUGAGCUAAAAGUUAUGAAUCAUAUAACGAUAGCAUGACUUUUUACAUAGCGCCCUAGUUUGUCUUUCUAAUUGCGUCUUGGAUAGCUUUACGCAAAAGACGGCGACAGCCACGACCAAAGCCAACAUCUGGUUGAAGGUUUGAUGUGUGAAGUUCAAUGAGCUACAGGGGAACUUGUGCACUGCAAAGGAGAAAUGGCACUUUCUUCCACCUCCUCCAGUUCUCUGGCAGAAUCCAGCGCAAUGCCUUCUCCAUCAACAGAGCCUUGUGCUCUCAGAAAAGCCCACCGGAUAAACCUGGAGCUGCUCAGAAGAAAACAUCGGCUGCCUACAAUGACAUGACCGAGCUGGGGAAACAGUGGGGACAGGAUGCUGUGAAAACUGUGAUGGCUACUGUCACUCACUGGUGGGGAAAAUAUGAAGAGUUUGUUGGUCUUAAUGAGGUUCGAAACGCUCAGUCCAAGGUUACAGAGGCUGAGAAGGCUUUCAUGGUGGCCAGGGGAAUGGUUCGUGAGGCUCAUGUGGGUUUGGAGGCCCUCCAGAUCAGACUUAAGGAGGUUAGAGAUCGCCUGGACCGAGUGUCACGAGAGGAAGCACAUUAUCUUGAAUUAGCAACACUGGAACACAAAUUGCUUCAGGAAGAACGUCGCCUCAAAACAACUUAUGAACAUGCAGAGGAAGGAGAGCGGGAAAAAUUUGCCCUUUUCUCUGCUGGUGUGCGCGAGAGUCAUGAGAAGGAGCGGGCGCGUGCCGAACGCACCAAGAACUGGUCCAUCAUUGGCUCUGUACUAGGCGCCAUUAUUGGUGUUAUGGGUUCCACUUACAUCAACAGGGUACGUCUGCAGGAGUUGAAAAGCUUGCUCCUGGAGGCUCAGAAAGGACCAGCAAGCUUACAGGAAGCUAUUAAAGUUCAAGCCGUUUCUCACAAGAGCCAGCAAGAGGAACUCCGAGGCCUCAUAGACACACUUAAGUUAACAAUUACUAAUAGAACAGAUGAAAAACCUAUAUCUGUUCCCAUAGCAGCCCGAUCUGCAACACCGCCAUCGAAACCCAGCGUGUCAGAAGAAGUCAUUAAUGAGAUACUUCUGCACAGUCAGGGAGCUCAUUCACUCGUCGAAGACCUUAAACCACAGUUUGAGCAAAUUAGACAGAAUUUAGGGAAGAUGGCGAGCGAGCUUCAGGUUGUGAAGAAAUCUAUCUCAAUACGAGCUGCAGAAAAGCCGUUAAUUCAGACAAAAGAUAAGCCGAUUUUAGUGUGCGAAACAGAGAGCGUCAUCCAAGUCCUGGAUCAGACCGAGAAAAGAUUAGAAUCUCAGAUUAACAAGUCAACCUUGUACAGCACUAUUUUGACUUACACAGCAUUUGCCUUAACUAUGCCAGUGCUGUAUAUUAUUUUUAAAGGUACCACAUGAAAUCAUCUAGUCUGUAGCAUGUACUUAAGGGACCAUCGUUUGAAAAUGAUUUCCGAUUUUGCCGAGUACUGUAUUAAAAGAGAACCAUGUAAAAUCAUAAAACCAUGCACUGAUAAGUAUAGAAUUAAAAAGGUGAACCCGAAA